GACCGCAUAAACUGAUAAGGGACGUGUUCUCAGCUGUGUCAAAAAUGCGUCUGUGUGACCGUGAGGUACCCGUGUUCGGUGCAAUAAAACCGGAGCUUAACUAGACGCUGACGUCUCCUGUAUUUACAGCGAUGCUUAGCUUCUAAUAUGGCGACGGUUGUGUGUCAACGCAGGGCUAUAAGGCAAUUCCAUGGGAGCGACUGGAAACCGAUAAACGCUUCGGCUGUAGCGUCCGUACAGCUGUUCUGUGAGCGCGGCGUUUUCAGUUUGCAGGUGGAAGUAAAAGGAACUUCUUAAUAUGAGUGAUGAUAAGCCCUUCCAGUGCACUGCUCCUGGGUGUGGACAGAGAUUCACUAAUGAAGACCAUUUGGCUGUCCACAAGCACAAACAUGAGAUGACACUGAAGUUUGGCCCAGCAAGAAACGACAAUCUUAUCAUUGCAGACCAAACUCCUACACCCACCCGCUUUUUGAAGAACUGCGAGGAAGUCGGGCUCUUUAACGAACUCGCAAGUCCUUUUGAUCAUGACUUCAAAAAAGCGGCGGAAGAUGACAUCAAAAAGUUACCCCUGGAUUUGUCACCUCUCGCUACACCCAUCAUACGCAACAAAAUUGAGGAACCCACAGUUAUAGACGCACAUAGAGACAGCCCCCUGCCUCAUCCUGAAUCCACUACAAGUGAUGACAAGGACUUAUCUUUGCAGCCAGCCUCACUGCCAACAUCCACUAUAGUCCAUCCUGCAUCCCUUCAAGUUCCCAAUGUACUUCUAGCAACCACAGAGGCUAGUGUUGUAAUACAGCCAGCUCUCCCAUCGCCAACAUCUAGCUCUGUUAUUACCCAAGUCCCCUCCACUAAUAGGCCGAUAGUCCCAGUGACUGGCACCUUUCCCGUGCUCUUACAGUUGCCGAAUGGCCAGACGAUGCCUGUUGCAAUACCUGCAGCUAUUACAAGCUCAAGUGUACAUAUUCCAACUACAAUCCCUCUUGUCAGACCUGUCACCGUAGUGCCUGCCGUCCCUGGGAUCCCUGGACCUGCCUCGCCACAACCUCCGCCCGUCCAAUCAGAAGCAAAGCUGAAACUGAAAGCCACAUUAAGCCAGCAGCUUCCUCAGGUAACCAAUGGAGAUGGCGGCGAGGUCCAGAGCAGUGCUGUAACCCACACCGUUAAUCCCGCUUCCCCUGCUCCGACCCCGAACCCCACCCCAGCCCCGGCCGCCAUCUUAACGCCCGCUCCUCAACUGCCUACAACCGAGGAAGCAUCCACCCAUUCCCUUCAGCAGCCAGCCACCUCCACCACAGAAACACCCGCCUCCCCUGCUCCUCCUGCACCAAACCCUCCAGCCACGGGGGGCAGGCGACGCAGGACCACAAGCGAAGACCCCGAUGAGAAGAGGCGCAAGUUCCUGGAGCGUAACCGGGCGGCGGCUUCUCGCUGUCGACAGAAGAGGAAAGUGUGGGUCCAGUCUCUGGAAAAGAAGGCCGAGGACCUCGGCUCCAUGAAUACCCAACUACAGAACGAAGUCACCCUGCUGAGAAACGAAGUGGCGCAGCUGAAGCAGCUUCUUCUGGCUCAUAAAGAUUGCCCUGUAACCGUCAUGCAGAAGAAGGCUGGCUAUCACAUCUCCGACAAAGACGAGAGCUGCGAGGAGAUGUCCGUCCCCAGCAGCCCCCAGAACGAGGCCAUCCAGCACAGCUCGGUCAGCACCUCCAACGGGGUCAGCUCCUCCUCCUCGUCCUCCACGACCCCGGCAGUGUCCGCCCCAGCCAGCGCCGCUUCGGCCGCAUCAACGCAGAGCACAGAGGAGAGCCAACCGCGGCGGGCCGGCACCCGGUCCCAGCCUUCAGGGAGCUGAUCAAGCCAAACCCCGACCGGAGCGUCCCACACUGGAGUGCUGUUGGCUCUCAAAUCUUUUUCUGACAAACAGAGGAAGGAGAUUCUCUCUCCACUUCAGUCAUGGACCAUACAGUUUUUAAUUUAUUCUUGAUUGUUUGGAUUAAUGUUUGGUAAAAUUUUGUACUUGAUAGGCUAUGCUUUUAAAAAUGCAAUGUUUUCUCUUUACAAAAGAAAGGCACUUUAGGUGUAACAUGUAAAAAAAAAAAAAAAAAAAGUGGCUUUUAACAGUAUUGUUUGUUGUACUUGUUUAUCGCACUACAGCAGGUAAAAAGCUCUUUAACUUAACAUUUCUCAGCUAUUAUAUUUUGAGAGGGGUUGUUGAGAUGAAACACCAGAUGUAGGUUACAACCCAAUAAUAAUUCAACACAAAUUAGUUCUAAAAAAUGAUGUGACAAUAGAGUGGAAAGACACAAAUAAUUAGCAUUGGUUGUUCUAUUGUAAAUGUUUUAAGUACUCAGCAGAGAAGCAUUUUUGGUAAUGACAACUUUAUCUCUUCGUUACUCAGGUGGGAUUUAUUACCCAUUUUUCCACAUCGUCUUGUACGACUCUGAUCUUCAGAUCUUUUCACAGACUAUGUUAUAUUCCUGUCUGGACUAUUGUAGAAGCUUUAUUGUAUUUCUCUGUAACAAUUUAAGAGCUUCCUUAGCUGUGUGUUUUGAGUCAUUGUCUUGCUGAAAUAUGCCACUUCCGUCUUCAGAUUCUUAUCAGAAAUAUGUUAGUACAGUUUUUCAUUCCCCCCUACUUUGAUUCUGUUAUGUCUGCCUGGACCAUAUGAAGAAAACACCCCAAACUAUGAAGUUUCCACUUUCAAACCUCACUUCUGAUGUGGUGUUUUCAGGGUGGCAUGUAGGAGCAUGGUGUGUAUUUCAUUCAGUUUAAAUUCAGUCUCAACUGAACUGACUGUAUUCUCCCAGAGUUUCAUCAACUUGCUCAGAUGUUCUGCCGUAAAUUUUAAAUGACCUUCUGAAUAUUUUUUUCUUCAGCUGUGGAGUCUUGCGCAGUGUGUGUGAAUACAGACCCUUGUGGUCGAGUGGAUUACUUUUACUUUUGGAAAAAGAGGAAAAGUGCUAAAGCUCUCUGUGAAUGCAAGAACCAACUUAUCUUGCAUUCUGUUGCUAAUCUGUCGGAAAUCUUCCGUAGUUUAUGAUGGAAUAUUUCAGCCUUUUCCCAAGCUAUCCUGAUAGGAGUUGGCUAGGGAUCUCUUUUACGUCCAACUAAAGACGAAAGGUUUAACACUUUGGCCACUGAAAUACCAUCAGAUGUUUUACGGCGGAAAUGCUACUAACACGUAUUCCACGGAAAAAAUAUUAACUUUACUACCGCUAAACAGCUGGAUAAAUAAGGAAACUAGCUGAAGCUAAAGCUAACUGAUGACUGUCAGUUCGUGCCACAUGUCUUCUGACCAAAGAUACCAGAAGUACAAACGGGGUGUAUGACACGCGUAUCGCUGCAUGUUUUAGGGGCUAGUUUUAACUCAGGAUAAAUUACUUUAAAAUGUAACAUUUAUGCAGCGGUGGUAUCAUUUGAUGGUGUUCUAGCCCUCUGUGCUUCUUAAAAAACAGUGCAGAAAUUAGCAUUUCUGGAGGUCCGUUUUCCCCUCUACCAACAGACUUUUUAACUAAAUAUGUUGCGGAUUUCACCACCGGCUGUUAGAGUUGUUACACAUGCGUAGUAAGCCUAUAAAGCACCUUCAUUCAUUUGUGAAUUGUCUGCGUGUCACGCUCGUUGCGUGAGGCUACACAGCUCUGUUACUGGUCCGCUAACAGCUUCCAAAGUUAGCAAGAACGCUAAUCCACUGAACGACUAGUUCCCCAAUUAUUUGUUUGGGGACUAGCGGGAAUAUGCCCACUACUGCUUCAGAGGCUUAUUUGCAAUAGCUUGGUAAUGGAAAGCUUUUAUAAAGACUAUUAAAUAGGAGUAAACCUGCUGAUGUUGAUACUGUUAAUACUGAUACGGAGGAUUAGUUUCCAAAUAGUGGCAUAUUUCAGAUGUUUUCUUGGAUUUCUAUGGCUUUUUGCAAAUCUUUGUUCAAUUAUUAUUUACUUUCAUCACAACCUAUUAAAUAUAGGCUAAUUUAUUGAGAUUGUUGUUUAGAUUUUUUUCUGUGUGGAGUAUGUUGGUUCUUACCGACAUAUGGUGUGAAUUUCAUGUCAACAGCCCCAUUGGAAAAACUGUUAAGGUGUUCAACACUUAUUUUACCUGCUGUAUGUUUUUUUUUUUUUUUUUUGUUCGAAGGAAGUCAGUCUGUCCAUCAAUAAGUUUACCAAAGUGCUUUGUUGCUCAUUUAUCUUAAUUUAUAUGCACUUUCUUUGUUUAAAAAAUUUUUUUUUUGUUUCUAUUCUUUGACCAUUUUGCACAUAUUUAAGAGAUGACGGGUUUACUUUUCAAGAGUGUGUUGAGCACCGGCAGCUUUUUAGAAGUAGGUUUUUGAAUGCUGACACAUAGCUGAGUUUGGCUGAGACCAGCCGUAGUGGCGUAGUGCAAGUCUGAAUGUUUGAGCUCACCUCUGCAUGUAAAAUAGUCUGAUGGAGGUGAGCUGCUUAGAUCUGUGUGUUUUCUCAUUAACAUUCCAUCUGUAAGUCUGAUUGUCCCUGAAGCAGUGAUUGUAGGAUUGCAGUAACUUUUUUUUUUUCAUUCCUCGGUUCAUGGUGAUGUUAUUCAGUGCCAUUAAUGUGUUUUGCAUAAAUACCUUCUGUACAUUUUUUUUAAUGCAGAUUAAACCUGGGUUGAUUGCAGUUCUCCCAGAUUUAAAAGGUCCCAUGAACAUGUUUGCUCUGUAGAGAUUUUCCUGCUUUUUAAACUGUGUUUGCUUUCCUAGUGACUCUAUGGCUUAAGCGUCUAAUGCAAAACACCUCAGAAUAUUAAGCUUUCCAUGAACAAGAACAUUUUUAGGAAACAUUGUAAAAAAAUUAUUGAUGAAUCACGUGUGAUCCUUCUUAAUGUUUGGUUUGAUAGGAUUGUACAGCUUUAGUAGCUCAGCUCCAUUAGUUGUUAGAACUGACAACUUAGGAAACACUUCUUGUUGACUCUUAUGUAAAAUGAAUGUCAUUCAGAUGUGGACUGGUAUCACAUCAACAUUAGUUACACUACAGCUGAGGCUCCUGGAGCAUUGCAAUCGUUGAAGUAAAUGUAAAGAAGCAAAAUUUCCACUUUAAAAGUCAGUUUGCCUUUCCCCCUCUUAGUCUGUACUGGCUUACUACUGUGUAGUUUUAUAAACGGCUAACACAUUGUUUUCUGAAAAUGUGAUUUUUAAGGUUUUAUUGUUAUGUGCUAUCUGCAUGAGAUAAUUCUCUGCGAGAAUUUUACCGUUUAUGUCUCAUUAAGAAAAUAAUAUAAAACAAGUUAUUACAACUUGACUUGCGGAAGCUUUUGUGAUUUUUGUUUUGUUUUUGUUUUUUUCCCCCCUGGGCUUAACGGCUACAAACGGGGCGUGAUACUGUGUCGACAGUGUAAUUGUAAUGUGAAGGUUCUGUUAAAAAAAAAAAAAUCAACUGAUAAA